UAAAUAGGUACUUAACCUAGGUCCUACCUAGGUAACUCGCUCGCUCGCUCAACUCCGGUGACGGCAUCGGCAUUUUGCGAUUCUAAAGCCCUGAUCAAUUUCAAGGCGCUGUUAAUGUUAUUCUAUUAAAGAAACAGCAUAUCGAUUUACUUGCCAGCUUAUAAAUCAGUCUAUGGUAUCAUAGACCUUACAAAUCAUCUGUCGUUUCCAUCCCGUUUGUUUGCUCUCGUGCCCCCGGCUUGAUGCUAAUAGGGCGCUGCCGUAUUGCGGCCUCUAGCGUCCCGGACAAGAUAAUUAAUAUUCGUUGUCUAGAGGCUAUUAAUCUAAGUACAUAAGUGAACAUCUAACAUCGCGAUUAGAAAUUACAAUUUACGAAUUGCUACUCUUUUCUAAACCAUCUCUCUUUACUUGCCUAUCCGUCCACGUGCCCACCUUGGGUACGAAAUUGAUAUAUGAUGGGUUCAACCGAUCAUAAAGACCGUGGGGUUCGUAUCGCCAUCGACCGCGGUGGUACCUUUACCGACUGCGUCGGCACUCUGAAUGGGAAGGAUGUGGUCAUCAAACUUCUCUCCGAGGACCCAGCCAACUAUGAUGAUGCGCCUCUAGAGGGUAUCCGACGUAUCAUGAGCCACUUUGAGGGGCGCGAAAUUCCAAGGGGGGAAGCUCUGGACACCUCCAAGAUCGAUAGCAUACGUAUGGGAACUACGGUGGCUACCAACGCACUGCUCGAGCGCAAGGGCGAGAAGAUGGCCUUGGUCGUAACUAGGGGUUUCAAGGACUGUCUCGUCAUCGGCAAUCAGAGUCGUCCCAAGAUCUUUGACCUCGCUAUAAAGAAACCUGACGUCCUAUAUGGGGAAGUUGUCGAGGUAGAUGAGAGAGUUACGCUAGAAGAUUAUGCCGAGGAUCCGGAGCGAACAAUCAGCAAGGCCGAUGCCAAGGCCGGGACCGCGGAGGCGGCAAAAGCAGAUUUGGUAAUGGGUCUCUCGGGUGAAGCCGUGCGGGUUUUACAACGACCCGAAGAAACCCGUAUUAAGGAUCAAUUAAAGAGCAUCUACGAUAAAGGCAUCAGGAGUAUAGCCGUGUGUCUAAUGCAUGGUUACACUUUCCCGGAUCACGAAGCCCUAAUCGGUAAGAUUGCGAAAGAGGUCGGCUUUGAUCACAUCUCACUUAGCCACGAGCUCAUGCCUAUGAUUAAGCUGGUCUCUCGAGCUACAAGCGUCUGUGCCGACGCGUACCUAACACCGGCAAUUAAAAAGUACAUUGCCGGAUUCCAGAAGGGGUUUGCUGGUGGUUUAGGAACUCGGAGCGUCCUCCAUGAAGAAGGCAGCAAAGGCGCAAGAUGCGAGUUUAUGCAAAGCGACGGCGGCCUAGUUGAUGUCGAAAAGUUUACUGGAUUAAAGGCUAUCCUGUCUGGUCCAGCUGGCGGCGUGGUUGGUUAUGCCAUUACGAGCUACGACGAGGAAACGAAGAUUCCGGUCAUCGGAUUUGAUAUGGGUGGCACCAGUACUGACGUUUCACGAUACGGCGAAGGCCGGUAUGAGCAUGUAUUUGAGACCACAACAGCAGGUGUUACUAUUCAGUCACCUCAACUUGAUAUCAACACUGUUGCUGCCGGUGGCGGAAGUAGACUCUUCUUCAAAAAUGGUCUCUUUGUUGUCGGUCCUGAGUCAGUAGGCGCUCAUCCGGGUCCUGCUUGCUACCGAAAGGGUGGUCCCGCUGCCGUUACGGAUGCGAACUUAUUUCUAGGCCGUCUGUUGCCCGAGUUCUUCCCAAAGAUAUUUGGUAAGAAUGAGGAUGAGGGAUUGGAUUUUGAGGCUAGCAAGAAAGUAAUACAGGAGCUCACCGAUCAAAUUAAUAAGGAGACUGGCAAGAACAUGAGCUUGGAUGAAGUAGCGUAUGGUUUUUUAACCAUUGCAAAUGAAGCUAUGACCAGACCAAUUCGAUCUAUUACCGAAGCAAAGGGCCACGAUUCCUCAAAACACCGACUGGCGACGUUUGGUGGCGCGGGUGGUCAGCAUGCUGUUGCUAUUGCUGAAGCCUUAGGAAUCAAACAAAUCCUUGUCCACAGAUAUUCAUCAGUCCUGUCUGCAUACGGUAUGGCCUUAGCGGAUGUCGUCGAUGAGAGGCAAGAGCCGGAUUCAACGGUAUGGCAGGAUAAAGGCGGCGUCGUGGAUGAGCUAAAGGCCAAGAUGCAAAAGCUUAGGGAGAAAUCCCAAGAAACCUUGAAAGCUCAAGGCUUUGAUGAAAGCGAGAUUGUAUUCGAAGAAUAUCUGAACAUGAGAUAUCGCGGGACCGAGUCGGCUCUCAUGAUUGUCAAGCCCAACGAAGAAGAGGCGAAAGCAUCUUACGAUGGCGAAGACUGGGCAUUUGGCAAAGAAUUUGUAAAUCACCAUCGUUACGAAUUUGGAUUCACUCUGGAUGACCGAGACAUUAUUAUAGAUGAUGUCCGAGUACGCGGAAUUGGAAAAAGCUUUAGAUACCAAGACAAAACUGUGGACCAGCAAUUGAAGGAGGUCAAACGACAAGCCGCCGGCGAAAAUAAGGCCUAUGGAAAAUCUCAAGUUUAUUUUGAAGGUGGACGUUUAAAUACGCCAAUUUACAAGUUGGAGGAUUUAUCAGUCGGCGAUGAAAUCAACGGUCCGGCCAUACUCGCAGAUGGUACACAGACAAUCGUGGUGACUCCGAAAGCAAAGGCCCUGAUCCUUGAAACACACGUUGUCAUUGACCUAGAGAAGGAUAGCAAGGACGACUCACAUAAGAAAGAUUCGUCCGAACGUGAGGUAGAUCCCAUAAUGUUGAGUAUAUUUGGCCAUCGUUUCAUGGCCAUUGCAGAGCAGAUGGGCAGGGCGCUCCAGAAGACAAGCGUCAGUACGAACGUUAAGGAACGUCUUGAUUUCUCGUGUGCUAUAUUCGAUGCCAAUGGUGGGCUAGUAGCAAACGCGCCACAUCUACCUGUUCACCUUGGAUCUAUGUCGACAUGUGUUAGGACACAAGCCAAGAUUUGGGACGGCAGACUGAAAAAAGGAGACGUCAUUAUUUCGAAUCACCCCUCAUACGGCGGCACGCAUUUGCCAGAUAUCACCCUCAUCAUGCCUGCAUUUGAUGAGAAGGGGGAAAAGAUCCUCUUUUACGCGGCAUCUCGCGCACAUCACGCCGAUAUUGGAGGAAUCACCGCAGGUAGUAUGCCACCCCAUUCGCGAGAAUUAUUCCAAGAGGGAGCUGCUAUUAAGAGCGAGAAAAUCGUUAGUGAAGGAAAAUUUAACGAGAAGAGAAUCACAGAACUGCUCUACAAUGAACCGGCGCAAUAUCCUGGCUGCAGCGGUACCCGAUGCUUAGCAGAUAACAUCAACGACCUCAGGGCCCAGGUUUCUGCGAAUCAAAAAGGCAUAUCCCUUAUUGAGGGUUUAAUACAGGAGUAUGGUGAAGAAACUGUGCAAUUUUACAUGGUGAACAUCCAGAACAAUGCAGAGCUCUGCGUCCGACAGCUACUCAAACAAGUGUACAAGAGAUUUGAAGGGAAGGACUUAUCCGCAGUUGAUUUUAUGGAUGACGGAACUCCGAUCCGACUACGCAUCACCAUCGACCCGGAUAAGGGCCAGGCAGAUUUCGAUUUCGAAGGUACAGGCCCCGAAGUCUACGCCAAUAUCAAUGCACCAGAAGCUGUCACUUAUAGCGCUAUUAUCUACUGUUUACGUUGUCUCAUUUCUGAAGACAUACCACUAAAUCAGGGAUGCUUGAAACCCAUCAAUGUCAAUAUUCCACCUAGGUCACUCCUGUCACCAUCGACGGGAGCCGCAGUAGUGGGUGGCAACGUUUUAACUAGCCAGAGAGUUACAGAUGUCAUUUUCAAGGCAUUCCAGGCAUGUGCUGCGAGCCAGGGUGACUGUAACAAUUUGACUUUCGGCUUCGGAGGUAACAUCUCGGGCAAACAAGAAGUCCGGGGUUUCGGGUACUACGAGACAAUCGCGGGUGGCAGCGGAGCUGGGCCUGACUGGGAAGGCACUAGCGGCGUCCACACGCACAUGACUAACACUCGUAUCACGGACUCGGAGGUGUUUGAGCGGCGGUAUCCCGUCAUCCUACGCGAAUUCUCAAUCCGGCCGGGUUCGGGUGGCAAUGGCCAACAUCGCGGGGGUGAUGGUGUCAUCCGCGAUAUUGAAUUCCGCGUCCCCUUACAAGUUUCUAUUCUUAGUGAACGCCGUGUCUACCACCCUUACGGACUAGCCGGUGGCGAAGACGCCGAAUGCGGGCUCAACAUUUGGGUACGCCGCGUGCAAAAGACGAACCCUGAGAAAGACUUAGCAGCGCAAGGAGAACACCUACAACAAGACGAGAGUAACGCCGAAUACGAAGAGCGCUGCAUCAACCUAGGCGCCAAGAACAGCGCUCCUAUGAAGACCGGCGAUCGAAUCAUUAUCAACACGCCCGGUGGAGGAGGUUGGGGCAAGGUUGGCGACGAGAAAGUCGAGAGGAAGCGCGAGGAUCACACCGAGUCCUGGAGGAAGGGAAGCCAUGCUGCUAGGGAGGAUACCGCUUUGCAGGUUUAGUCAGGGAUCGUUUGUAUGUGAAGUAUGUAAAAGGGGGAUGAGCGUGAAGAAUUUUUCUUCUCUUCUUCUCUGCAUAUAUGCAUAGGGGGUGUGCGUAUCGUAAUGUCUUAACAUCUAGAUUUAAGAACAAGGUC